UUAUGUCGAGUUUCUCACGAUCGUAGUCCAAGUACAAACAUUUCACAUCCUGGUGUUUUGGUUUCAUGCCAUUGUAAACGCACGCAUGUUUCCUCCUCAACUUUCGCAGCUGUUUAUUUUCCACAGCGAAUGCCCCGAAUGUUUUUCAUUUCAUUGCCAAAACAUAUGACGCUUUGCCAAAACCUUAUGGUAUAUGUUUUUAUUUCAAGGACCAGUUUUAAAUUCUUUCCUCGACUUUCAGGAAGUUUCUGCCAUGCACUGACUUGCAACCACUUAAACCGUAUACACUGUGCCAAAAUAAAACAUCUGCUAAUGUGAUUCGUUCAAACUGGCUGCACAUAGAAAUGAAUCACAUGCUCGCACGAACAGUGACACUGGAGCCUUUAUGUAAUGUAACACAGCAAAAAGUGCAAGUUGCAACUAAAAUAGCCUACAUUGUACUUGCCCCGCAACGUGAAUAAAAGCAGCAAGGUUAAGCAUUGUGUGUUUGUGAUUUAUUUAUCUAUUUGUGGAAACGCAAGCUUAGACUUUGCUCAAUUCAACCAGAACCUAACAGUCCAAAUUCCAGAGACGACAGGCUUGUCCUUUGCGAUGACUGUUGGAUCAUUAAUCCGAUUUGCGGCCUUGUUUCUGUGCGAGCUCAUCCUCAGCUUUGAUUGUCAAGCCAUCAAUGCGGAUCAAGAACAUGAUCUUGCUUUCGUGGCCAACCUCAUCCCGCCGGGUAUUUUCGUGGCGCCUACGGCCACCUUCAACUUCACCCGCAUCCCCGGUCUCGACGACCACAUCCAACUACCAAUAGACGUAGACUACGACCCUGUAGAUGGCAUGGCGUACUGGACCGAUACCACGCUACCCGGCGUCUGUCGCGCGUUUCUGGAUGGGACUGGGUUCGAGGUGGUGGUAUCUGGUCUUCAAACCCCGGAAGGCUUAAGCCUUGACGUUGAGAAUCGUGUGAUGUACUGGACCGAUACAGGCAGCGAUCUGAUCCAGCGAGCUACCUUAGACGGUCAAAAUAGAUCCCUUGUUCUCAACCUGAGUGAUCCAGCAGGUGCCGUUGAGCCAAGAUCAAUCGUCGUUGACGCUAGCAACAGUCAUCUGUAUUGGACUGACUGGGGCGCAAACCCUAAAAUAGAACGGUCUAGCAUCGACGGCUCUGGUCGACGCACUCUGGUGAACACCAGGCUGAAAUGGCCAAAUGGUCUGGCUUUGGACCCCACCGGUCAGAGGCUUUACUGGUGCGACGCCUUCACGGACCGCAUUGAAUCUUCCGAUCUUCAGGGCGGAGAUCGCAAGAUUCUCUUGGAUCUAAAGCACCAACAAAUCGAACCAUUUGACAUCGGCGUGUACGACGGUUACGUCUACUGGACCGACUGGGCUUUUCCGGGUCUUCUUCGAGUGGAUUUCGAGCUCACGGCGGUAAAUGUCCACGGGUCUGCUAGCUUUGACAAAGCUGGAGGUCUUCGCAUAUACAAAGAUACUUUUCAAGACCACAGUUGCCGUGAUCUGAUGCCGUGUCAAAAUGGAGGGCGCUGCCGUCAGUUUCCGUCCCAUUAUGAAUGCGUCUGUAGUGAUAGAUUUACUGGGACAAACUGCGAAAAGGACCUGUCCGAACUCAUGAUCAUCGGUUGUCCUGGUAACACGAGUCGUCUUGUCGACGACGACAUCAGAUCUGUUUCUGUAUCCUGGCCUGAGCUGAACGUGUCAGAUCCAAGCUUACCGGUACUGUGGAACUCCAACUAUCAAUCCGGUGACAUGUUUCCUCUUGGCAGUGUCACCAUGGUGACAUUUAUGGUUUCAGACGAGCAGGGCAACGUUGCGUACUGUAACUUCACCGUUGAAGUGACAGGAGUUGGCCUAGAUUGUCCAUCUAAUGUGACAUCUGUCGCCAACCCAGGCGUUGUAGUCGCUAAUGUGUCAUGGGAUGUACCCAGUGUCACCUUCAACGGUCCUCAACAACCGGUCAUGUUCUACGAUGGCAGCCCGUCUACACCUGAUACCAGUGAUACAGAAGCCAAAGUACGAGUUUACGCUGAUUACCAGCCAGGAGAUACCUUCAGUAUCGGUCAUACGCGUGUCACAUAUCGCGUCCAAGGACUGGAGACACAGUGUCACUUUCAUGUCAUUGUCACAGAUCUGUCUCCACCUACCUUCAUCAGUGGUUGCCCUGGAAACAUAAGUCGUCUCACCGAUGACAAGGAUGCGUCCGUUUAUGUGUCGUGGCCUGAAGUGACUGCUUACGACCCAAACACACCGUUGCUAUGGAACCGCAGCCAUCGUCCUGGUGACAUGUUCCCUGUCGGUAGCGUUACCAUGGUAACAUACGUGGUAACGGACCAAUCCAGGAACUCAGCAUACUGUCGCUUCACUGUGUCCGUGACAGGAGUUGGACUAGAUUGUCCAUCUAAUGUGACAUCUGUCGCCAACCCAGGCGUUUUAGUCGCCAAUGUGUCAUGGAAUGUCCCCAUUGUCACCUUCAACGGUCAUCAACAACCAGUCAUGUUCUACGAUGGCAGCCCGUCUACACCUGAUACCAGUGAUGCAGAAGCCAAAGUGCGAGUUUACGCAGAUUACCAGCCAGGAGAUACCUUCAGUAUCGGUCAUACGCGUGUCACAUAUCGCGUCCAAGGACUGGAGACACAGUGUCACUUUCAUGUCAUUGUCGCAGACACCGAGGCUCCAGAGGUCAACGGCUGUCCUGCUGACGUCACCAUUCCGGUCAUCUCGUCAUCCAAUCAGGUGGUUCACCGCUGGGAUCCGCCCACUUCCACCGACAACUCUGGUUAUGUCGAUGUCGCCUUCCAAUGUUCGGGAACCCCAACUACAGAUUGCAACCAAGCCGGAAGUGGCACAUUCUCUGUUGGAGUAACCGUGGUUGCAUAUCAUUUCAAAGACCAGUCCCAGAACAAGGCUGUCUGCACUUUCACCGUCGAAGUUACUGUCGUCGAUCUCGUCUGCCCGGCGAGUAUCCGAGUCCUUGCUAAGCCAGGUUCUACAAGAACCAGUGUGCACUGGAUGGAACCGGAUCUAACUGGCUGGAGCGGGCCUACUAACUUCACCGCCAGUGCCGAUUCUGGCACUGUGUUCUCCGUAGGGCGGCGUGAAGUGGACUACUGGCAGUGGUUUGAGCCGUUUAACCUGGUGUUGGAGUGUUCUUUCUCUGUGAUGGUCGUAGGUCGCUGCGUAUCAAACACAACUCUCGAGGGUCCCCAGAUCCUCACCUGGCCUGUGACGAUUUCAGGUUCAACGGCAAAAUCAGUUGAGAGAUGUAAACUUCUAACAGACAAUGCCGGUCAACCACUUGCUGAGAGGAACUGUUCAGUUGUAGAACCUCCUGUGUACUUCCAAUGGGAGCAGCACGAACCUCGCAGCUGUGGCGAAAAUAGGAACGAGGUUACCAUUCAAGAUGUGGAGGAGGUUGAGGUCAGUCAAGGGAAUGCAAUUGAAGUGGCCGAGUUUCUUGCCAAUCAGACGUCAGAGUCAUCUGAGGAUGCAGAAGAUGUGGAGGUUGUUUCAAACAUCUUGGUGAACAUCGCCAGAGCGGAAUCAGGAGACACAGAGGUAACGAAGUUGGUGGUGAAGACUGUUAGCAAUGUCAUCAAGAGCACCGCGUCAGCUCCGGACUCGUCUACUGCCGAUGCUGGUAGCUCCUCAGCCAUCGUCCACUCCGUAGAGACCCAAGUCGCUUUGACUCUGAGACAAGAAGGUGAGGUCAGUAUUCGCCAGGACACCAUCCACGUCGAGGCGGUCAGUCUGGACCCCAAAAGGGCUAGCGGCGGUUUCAGCUUUGUGUCCGCUCCGUCAUCACCGGACCUGCCAGUCGGUCCUGGCGCGCCACAAGAAGGCACACUUGCUGGCACCGAGGUCAAGACAUUUGAAAACGCCAGUGAUAUACCGGAUGAUGUGGUGGCAUCUAUUCGGUUACCGGCGAACAUUGUCGACUUGCUUCAGUCUUCCAGUGGUAACACCACGCAGCUGCGGGCGAGUUUCAUCGUCUACGCUGAUGACACCUUGUUCAAAUCGGCUCUGAUCAAAGGUUCCACUGGAAAGAAUGGCUCCAGCCUCCGGGUUGCAGGGUCUGUCGUCUCCCUGGCUGUGGAAGACGUUGAGUUGGUCAACCUCACUGAACCAGUGGUUAUCGAAUUCAAGGCACCUGCAAUCAAUGAAACCGACAAGAACAGAACCAUCAUCCACUGCGUCUUCUGGGAUUUUCAACUGAAUGACAACGUCGGUGAUUGGUCAAGAGAUGGGUGUAGCCUCUCAGGACUGACCAUUGACAGAGUGUCCUGCCACUGUGGUCAUGCCACCAACUUUGCCAUCUUAUUAGAUGUGAAGGGCCAAGCACCUGAUGAUAAAGAUGACACUCCUGCUAAGCGAGCGCUUGAUAUCAUCAGCCAGGUUGGCGCUGCACUGUCAAUCAUAGCUCUGGCUAUUACGCUGAUUUUAUACCUAGCUAUCAGGAAGCUACGAAGCGGCAAAUCUCGUCAGAUCUUCAUCCAUUUCUGCGCCUCCUUGUUGAUGUUGUACAUCGUGUUCCUUGCAGGGGUUGACAAUGCAAGAGGCUCUGGGGGCGGUUGUGUGUUCGUGGCUGCUUUACUCCACUACUUGACUCUGUCCACUAUGAUGUGGAUGGCCGUUGAAGCCAGGAACAUGUACGUCAGUACGGUGAAGGUGUUCCCAGAAGACACCCCUCGAUACAUGCUCAAGGCUUGCCUCAUCGCUUGGGGAUCACCGUUGAUAGUUCUAACGGUUACCCUUGCAGCAGCAAUAGAUCACUACCAGAAUGAACACUACUGUUUCCUUGAGCCUGGUCUUGUGCUGUACCUCAGCCUCCUUGCUCCGAUUGGUCUCAUCCUCAUCCACAACAUCAUCACCUUCAUCUUGGUCAUGCGCAGUCUCCUCAAGGUCAAGGAGGCAUCUCGCUCCCAGCAGAUCUCCAAACGCCUCCAGAAUGCCGUGGGAAUCUCCGCCCUAAUGGGCGUGACCUGGUGUUUUGGGUUCCUGGCAAUUGAAGGAGCGACUUUCGCCUUCCAGCUCAUCUUCUGUCUGGCCAACUCCUUGCAGGGUGUGAUUGUGUUCAUCAUGUUCUGUGUUCGGCGGGAGGAGGUACGGGCUAUCGUCGCGCCCUACCUGGGUCGUAUCUGCUGUGGACACACCUGUCGUCUGCCCAAACGUCACGCCAACUGGUCCUACGAGCUUCAGCAGCAGAACGAAUCAGCCGCGCCUAGCUCCCCAGUCACUGGGUUGACGAAAUUCGACUUGUCCUCUUCGGGGAGAUAGUGGGUUUUGGUUGGAGGGCUUCUUGUUGGUCCAAGAGGGGCGCCACCUAUAGUCCUCUUCGAACAUGACUCACUGGGUCGUAUGAAUAAAAACUAGCAUUUGCUUUUACUGUACCAGUUUUUAAGCAUUGACUUGCAUCUGUAUGAAUAAAGCAAACGCCUUUACUGAAAAGCAUUUGCUAAAAUCUGAAAGUAUUUUACUUUUUACUUGGAGCUCUUGCUAGACUGUAAGUAUUAACUUCGUUUCGCUUGAAUAAAAAGGAGUAAAUGCUUAAGAUUGCAAAUAUUUAUUGUUCAUUUUUCAAGGCUGGGUUGGGGCUACGUUGAAAACAUAAAGCUAAUACUUCUGCGCAAAAAUGGCUGCAUUUUAAUUUU